CAUUUUAUUUUGUUGUCAAAGUGACAGCUAAGUCUGACAGAAUGGCAGAUCAGAUAAUGUAAAUGUAUUUUGUAUCCGUAUCGAUUAACUUGAGAAGUAGUACAUCAGUAAUAAACACGCCCAUUUAAAAAUCCUAAACACAUCAAAUUUAAUAAUGAGUACUACAGGGGAGCAAUUGACUCUAGCACGAGAUAUUAAAAGAGCAAUAGAACUGUUGGAAAAACUUCAACAAAGUGGCGAAGUACCUGCUACAAAAUUAGCUGCAUUGCAAAAAGUGCUUCAAAGUGAUUUCUUAAAUGCUGUUAGAGAAGUUUAUGAGCAUGUAUAUGAGACAGUAGAUAUUCAAGGCUCUGCGGAUAUUCGGGCUUCUGCUACAGCUAAAGCGACAGUAGCAGCCUUCGCAGCAGCAGAAGGCCAUGCUCAUCCCCGCGUUGUUGAACUUCCUAAAACGGAAGAGGGUCUUGGAUUUAACGUCAUGGGUGGCAAAGAACAAAAUUCCCCCAUAUAUAUUUCAAGAAUUAUACCCGGAGGUGUAGCUGAUCGUCAUGGAGGCUUAAAAAGAGGAGACCAGCUUUUAUCUGUCAAUGGUGUGUCAGUAGAAGGUGAAAAUCAUGAAAAGGCUGUGGAAUUAUUAAAACAGGCCGUGGGGUCUGUAAAACUUGUAGUCCGUUACACACCAAAAGUAUUGGAAGAAAUGGAAAUGAGGUUUGACAAGCAGAGAACUGUUCGUCGUCGUCAGAAUUUUAAUUAAAUAGCAGUUUAACUGAAAGGUUUGAAUUUUACCAUUCUUGACAAUUAGUUAAGUUUCUGCACCAGAUUUACUGCCUGUAGCAAAUGUUAUUGUAAUGUUUAGAAAUUUAAAGAAAAAGAUAUGCAUUUUAGAAUUAUAUUAAUUGUAUUAUGAAUAAGGUAGUAAUCUGUAGUAUCUGAAACAAUAAGUUGAAGUAAUUGUAGUAAUUAUUUAAAUAUUUCAUUGAAGAUAAAAUUAUUAUUAAUAGAAGCAUUAUACUUGCUUAUAGACUGUCAAAAAUCAACUGAUUUGGAAAUAAAUACAUCAGUCCUUAUAUUUUUUUGUGACAAAUUGUGUUUGUAAUUAAUCUUCUUAAAUGGCCUGGACUCGAUGAUUUUAUUACCAGGGCAUGACAUCAUCUAUAAAAUAGCUUUAUAGCACACAAACAUUCUUUAAGGUUUAUCAAUGUCCUGUGUACCUGGGGUGUGUGAAGGCAUGUACACUGUCCUACAAAAGAAUUACGCUUACAGCUACCAUGAAAGCUAGUUGGAGGGAUUGUGAACAUAAAUAAUUAGUGGCUAUGCUUCCAAAGGAUAAUUCUGUAAAUAUUUCUAGUAUAAUUUUGAUGUGUCAUCAGUAUUUAUCAAAUCAUGUAUCAUAAUUAUAAGAGUUAACAUUGUUAACAAAAUUGUACUAAUUUACAUUCUAUGUUGUAUAAGAUUAGUAUGAAUUACUUGUUUAAUAUUGGUAUUAGGGGUACGAAAUAAAUGUAUGUAAUGUUGAAAUAUACUUUAUUAUUACUAUAU